AUGCAAGGCUUCUCCUGGGAGAAUCACAGCUCUGUGUCAGAGUUCAUCCUUCUGGGCUUCUCCAGGGAUUUCCAAGUUAAUGUAAUCCUCUUCAAUGUCUUCUUUUUCCUCUACCUCUCUACACUCGUGGGCAAUGGACUCAUUGUCACCUUGAUCCACCUGGACUCCCGCCUCCACACACCCAUGUAUUUCUUCCUCAGUGUCCUGUCCAUGCUGGAUAUGAGCUAUGUCACCACCACAGUGCCCCAGAUGCUGGUGCACCUUGUCUGCCAGAAGAAAACUAUCUCCUAUUCUGGGUGUGUGGCCCAGAUGUACAUCUUUCUGGUGUUAGGCAUCACUGAAGGUUGGUUGUUCUCUGUCAUGGCCUAUGACAGAUAUGUAGCCAUUUGCCACCCACUCAGAUACAAGGUUAUCAUGAGGCCUUGGCUGUGUGGAGCAAUGGUGGUCUUCUGUGGACUAUGGGGUGUCAGCUGUUCACUAGUCUACACUGUCUUCACUAUGAGGCUGCCCUACUGUGGCCCCAAUGAGAUCAAUCACUUCUUCUGUGAGGUCCCUGCUGUUCUGAAGCUUGCCUGUGCAGACACAUCCCUCAACGACCAAGUUGAUUUUAUCCUGGGUUUCAUCCUUCUCCUGGUACCUCUUUCUUUCAUCCUGGCCUCGUAUGUCUGCAUCUUUGCUACCAUUCUGAGGAUCCGCUCAGCCCAAGGUCGGCUGAAGGCCUUUUCCACCUGUGCCUCCCACAUCACUGUGGUCACCAUGUUCUGUGGUCCUGCUAUGUUUAUGUACAUGAACCCUGGGGCCAACGCCUCCCCAGAGAGGGACAAGAAACUGGCCCUGUUCUACAAUGUCAUCUCUGCCUUUCUCAACCCUAUUAUCUACAGCCUUAGAAACAAAGAUGUGAAGAGGGCUUUCCUCAAAGUAACAGGCUGGGGAGGAGCCACUGAGUAA